AGCACUUCUACGAUUAUUUUCAUCAUUAAACUGAUUCUCACAAAGAACAAGUGCCACUGUCCAAAGUUCAUGUGAAAAAUAAGCGAGGCUAUGAGCAUCAUUUCUCUAACCAUCCCAAACCUUCCUCCCAACCAUCAUUUCAAUAUCAAACUCCAAAUUCAGUCCACGAAACUCCUCAACAUGACGACAGAAACCCUUAAUAUCAUGGUAGAAUUCACGUAAGUCAUUCUUUCCAAGCAAAAUCCCUUCCAAACAGUUCACUAACAAACUCCAACAGUGGCGGUCUCGAAAUGUUAUUUGCCGACCAACGAAACCACAAACUUACAGUUCCCCAAACAGAUUCCAAGGGCGAUCCCGUCACCGUGGGCUGGUUGGUGAACUAUCUUUGUGAUGAAAUUAUGCAAGAUUCAAGAAAAGACAUGUUUAUUCUAGAUGAUCACGUGUAAGCCCACGCCGAGUUUUUUUCAUUUCCUCAUGUCUCUGAGAUGCUGGCUGGUUCAUUAGUGUGCACCACGUUUCUAAAUAUAUUGCGAAUGAUAUAGAGUUAUGCUAUAUCUAGCUAUACCCCUGAUUUUGAUCUGAUUUUGCGACCCUUCCGUCUUUCUCUUCUCUCACCGUUUCAAACUGUCAUGUCGUGCAACAUUAUGCGCAGGCUCAAACUUUUCCUCGUCGUUAACCCUACCGUACCUUACAUGCACCGGCCACUAUUUUCAUUUCCCCGUACACAUGUUUGCUAAACAGCCAUAACUAACUAUCACAUUUAUUUCACCAGGCGUCCAGGCAUCCUCGUAUUAAUCAAUGAUGCGGACUGGGAAUUAGAAGGCGAAGCCUCAUACGUAUUACAACCUAAUGAUAAUAUCUUAUUUGUAUCGACUCUUCACGGGGGCUGAACUGAUGGAUACCGGGUUGUGGGGUUGGGGCUUUCUUUUGGUUAGGAGGAGCUAUGAUAUAUCAUAUUUUCUGGGGAAUUGGUUUUAUUGGAUACGUGCGAGAGUGCACGCGUGCAUAUUGCAAGGAAGAUCAAGGACCCCUAUUUUCUUUAUUGAGGCAUCGAGAUUUUUAUCCUGGUUAGCCUACUCCCUCCGUAUAUCGAUUUGGUUAUCUAAUGAUUUCUAUCAACUUUUUCGAUCCGAGGAGUUUUUGUCUCGGAACAUUUCUGUUUGAUCAUCGGGCCGCAUGCACUGCAAAUCAUUAGAUAUUCCAAGAAUUCCAAGAUUCCGGAAGCAAUCCUUAAUGUUACCUUCCAAAUUGACAC